ACUAUGUGUGUGUGUGUGUGCGUGAGGACAGCGUGUGCAGCUGAAAGCCGGUUACCUAAAAGGGCUGUGCCAGGCCAGGCCAAAGUGGGUUAAUAAAAAUAACCAGCGUAGGUGCAGCGACAAUCCAGGAGUGCAGGCAGAGGAGUUUGAGAGAAUCUGAGUAGAAGAAGCUGCUGGUUUACCUGACGUUAAGUCCGUGUCUGGGUAAAAAGGGAAAUAGAGAUUAUUGAAAUAUUGCUAGUUCUAUUUAAUUGUAUAUUGUCCUCAGUCUCCCCCCUCCCUUUCUUUUAAUUUACUGCAGAUGAAGAAAAUCGUUGUUGAAUUAAUAUCAACGAUCGGCAUCGCUGUACCAACAAACGUGUGCAUGACUACAACUAUCAGCGUGUUUAAAAAAAAAAAAUUGAGCAGAAAAAUCUGUGUUGAUGCUGUGAUUGUUAUGAGGACGGCAAGAUGGAGUUCCCAGACCACAGCAGACAUUUACUCCAGUGUCUGAGCGAGCAGCGGCACCAGGGCUUCCUGUGUGACUCCACGGUGCUGGUGGGCGAUGCCCAGUUUCGGGCCCACCGCGCUGUGUUGGCCUCCUGCAGCAUGUACUUUCACCUCUUCUACAAGGACCAGCUGGACAAGCGAGACGUGGUGCACCUCAACAACGACAUUGUCACGGCCCCGGCCUUUUCCCUGCUCCUGGAGUUCAUGUACGAGGGCAAGCUGCAGUUCCAGGACCUUCCCGUGGAGGACGUGCUGGCAGCGGCCAGCUACUUGCACAUGUAUGACAUUGUCAAGGUGUGCAAGAAGCGCUUGAAGCGGAAGGCCACGACGGAGGCCGACAGCACGCGCCGAGAAGAGGACGGCGGGUCCAGCUGCUCCGAUAAGGCCGACAGCCUGUCGGACGGUUCCACGGGCCGCCCCGCCAGCGCGGACCUGCUGCACAGCGACGAAGAGGAGGAGGCGGUGAAGGCCGAGGGAGGGCCGCUGUGGCUGAGGCUGCCGUCCGCGGACAGACCAGUGACGCCGGCCGUGGCGAGAACCAGCCCGGGGCGCGGCGAGGCCGAGAUGCAGGGCGCCGAAGGCCCGGGGGAGGGAGGAAAGCUGCUCUCCCCGGCUGGCAGCCCCACCAGCUCCGCCGGGUCCCUCUCGCAGAGGUCCCAUCGCUCGGUGGGCUCUCGCGGAGCGCACCGGGGCAGGAGGGUGUCGAACGACGCUACCGACUGCGUCCUGGACCUGUCGGUGAAGCCAAUCGCCGGUAGCAACCACAGCAACCACCACCAGUCCUACUUCAGCGGGGCCGCCACGCCGGACCGCCUCCAGAGCCCGCUGGCCGUGAGGGUGAAGGUGGAGAGGGGCUCCGCUUCGGACGAGGACGAGGAACUGGGAGGCAGGGACUACGACAUGGAGCACAGCGGCAUCGCCAAGGCGACGGCCCCCAGCGUCAACGGGGGCCUGACCCGCCACGGGGUCGGAGGGCCUCUGUCGGCCCAGCGGAGGCUCGGCCUGGAGGCGCACCUGUCCGCGCUGCGAGAGGCCUCUCUGGCCUCGGAGCUGGAGCGGGAGGACAAGCCCUCGGCCACGGCGGACGACGAGGACAUACUGGGGGGCGAAAGCGAGCGCUCCCAGGCCGAGGUGACCGCCAUGGACAGCUCCCUGUUGCCGUACGUCUCCAACAUGCUGUCGGCGCAACACACCCAGAUCUUCAUGUGCCCGCUGUGCAACAAGGUGUUCCCCUCCCCGCACAUCCUCCAGCUCCACCUCAGCUCCCACUUCAGGGAGCAGGAGGGCAUCCGCUCCAAGCCCGCCGGAGACGUCAACGUGCCCACCUGCACCAUCUGCAGCAAGACCUUCUCCUGCAUGUACACGCUCAAGCGCCACGAGCGGACACACUCCGGCGAGAAACCCUACACCUGCACCACCUGCGGCAAGAGCUUCCAGUACUCGCACAACCUCAGCCGCCACGCGGUGGUGCACACACGCGAGAAGCCGCACGCCUGCAAGUGGUGCGAGCGGCGCUUCACGCAGUCGGGGGACCUCUACCGACACAUCCGCAAGUUCCACUGCGAACUGGUCAACUCGCUGUCGGUGAAGAGCGAGCCGCUGGCUCUGCCCAAUGUCAGGGAUUGGGCGAUCGAGGACAGCUCCCAGGAACUGUGGAAGUAGAAACGGCUGGCGGGGAGUGAAAGACAGGCAGUGAGGCAUGGAGAGGGAGGGCCGGGAGGGGGGAGGGGGGGGGCUGGCAAAGUUUGAUAUUUGGGGUUCAAGUGAGUCAUGUUCUUGUGUGUCGCAAAAUCUCAUUCAAUUGCACUUUAAUAGCACAUGAAAAUGUUACUACUGACUUUUUGUUUUCGUUGUCGUUGCUGUUCCGGGUAGUUUUGUCGUGUUCUAUUUUAUUCUGAAAUCCAUGGCAUAAGUUUCUGUUUGGUGUGUUUUUUUUAUUUUUUUUUAUCGCGUCUUGAGGACACGGGUCGCAGCGAGAACGCCUCGCCUUCUCGAAGAGUUUUUUUCUUUUUUUUCUUGUGUCUCGCCUCCGACGCGUCACUCCGACGCCGGCCAGCGUCUCGGUUCCACCGACGGCAAGCAGCGGCGCAUCAGAUCAGGUCGAAACACACUGAAGUUAGAAAAAAAAAAAAAAAAAAGCAUAACAAUACACUAAACGGGUACUGUGAUCACCUCGCACACACACGGUUUGAAGAAGUGUAUGUGCGCGUGUGUGUGUGUGUGUGUGUGUGUGUGUGCGUGCGUGUGCGUGUCUCGAUGCUGCACUACUCUGGCAAAACUUUCACCUGGCGUGCGUGAGUGUGUACGAGUGUGUUUGGCGUGUGUUGAUUUUUUUUGUACUGGCAUAGAGUUGUCGUUGGUGAAGCGCUCCCCGGCUCUGUGGCGUUGAAGCGGACUGACUGACAGGCGAACCGAUGGCACUCAUGCAAUGCACAGCUUCCUCUUUUUUUUCACUUCCAAUCAAUUUGAAGUAUUUUCUAAAAAUGUAAGACCUUUACAAAAUUAUUAUAUUAAUUAUUAUUGUUAUUAAUAGAUUUUUUUUCUUAAAUCUAGCUGGCAGUCUUUAAAGCAUCUCUCGUUGAAAAGGUAUUUAAUUUAAGGUUGUUGUAUAUUGUUCUUCUAUAGUUUUAGAAUUUAAAUCAGUUUAUAUUCUUUUCCUUUUAAAUUAAUGAUUAUUAUUUUUUUGUAUUACUUUUUUUUUGUAAUGGGACCUGCUGUUGUUGCAUGACGUCCGAACCUGUAUAUUUUAAAAUAAAAAUGUGAAUUUGCUGUAUUACUGUACACAUUGUAAUUGAUCAAAUAUUUGACAACAGGCUUUCCUUUUCUUUUCAUUUCUUUGUGAAUACUACUCCAGGGUGCGGCCUGUUAAAAAACUGAAUAUUGUUCUCACUAAUAUGGGAAAACGAAAUGCAUGGACAUUUGAUUUUGUCUUAAACCUUACGUUUUUUUUGUUUUGUUUUUUUUGCAUCGGGAGGGAGAUGUUUGAACACUUUUGACAGUGAAGAGUUUUUUGUUUUUCUACGCGUCGCUGGGCUCCUAGAAGAAUGUUACCGAAUGUGUUUCCGUCAGAUGUUGAAGCGACACGAUGAAGCAUUUUAAGCCUGUGUGUGUCUGUGUGUGCGUGUGUGUGUGUACAUGCACUGAUCUCUGCGUGUGUGUGUUUAUGAGCGUGUGGCUCGGUUGUCACCGGUCAAUUCAACCUGCUGAAGAUCUACGUCCCAGCACCACUUCCUCCUCCUCUUCCUCAGGCGUUCUCUGGGUGUUGCUUUCCCACCUCUCACGUCUCCGGACUCUAGAACGUGGUUAAGCCGUUUCUUAAUUAUUUCUGCUCCUCGGGCACUUACUUCAGGUCUGUUGGGUGCAAGUUAUGUGGCCCAGACUUUGGCUAAAGAGCGAAGGAUAAGGGGGACAAAAAGAGGAGAGGCUGAAACAUCUGUCCUGCUGGAAGAUAAAGGCCCAGAUGUGUUUGUUCCGUACAAACAGCCGAGACGUGAAUGCGAGACGAGGUCUGAGCGUCUUAAAACAUAAUCCUUACUUUACAGAUUUGGCCCGCCUGAAUGCACCUUUUUGAGCUAAAAGACAGGAAAUCUGAUUUUUUUAUUUUUUCGGAAAAGAUGCCUUUUGUUAAAAAAAAAAAACUUUUCUAACGCUAUGAAAGUAUUUGAUACUUUAGCGCUUUAGGGGAUAUUUGUUGAAACUUGUGCAUAAAUUCGUGGAAUCUAUUGAAUUUAUCAGAAAAUAAUGUCUUAUUACAUUUUGAUCAUGUGAAUCAUCGUGAAUGUUGUGUUUGGAAUUUGGGCAACAUCAGUUUAAAAUUUUACUUUUUUUUUUUUUUUUUGACACCUCCUGUAUCUAAAAUGUCUUAAUUCAUUAGAAUUUUCAAAGUAAGGGUCAAGCGUUUAUACAAUCCAAAAACAUUUGACUCUGAAAGGUUGAACGCUCCCCCCCCCCGCCCCUCACUCGGUGUGUUUAUAUGUGCGAGUGCGCGCACGCCCCCGUUGAUGUGCAUGUGGUGGGUGGGGUGGUUGUGUGUGUGUGUGUGUGUGUGUUGCCCUGUCAUCUGGUGGCACCUACAGGCUUUGCCAAGGCAACCGCGUGGGCGCCACUGGGGCGGCUUGCAGCGCGUCGGCUCGUCUCCUCUUCUUCUUCUCCUCCUCCUCCUCCUCCUCCUCCUCGAGACGCUAUUUCUUCACUGGCAGAGUCUCUGCAUAUGUGCUCGCUCCAUCCUGCUGUUGUUUUCAUCAUUACUGCUGUUUCUUUUUUUCUUUUUUUUUUUUUUUUGGUUGCUCUGGUUGUACUUGACCGCCUUAAACUGCUGUAGUCCGGGCUGUUGUAUUUGAUUUGAUUUUUCAAAGUGUGAGCGUGUUGAUGGAGUCGUGGGAGCGAUGUCGAUCGCUCGAGCCGCUGUGAAGGAACCACCCUGAAGAAACAUCUCCAUCUUUUGCUGUGCUUACUUGAAAACAAAGGGGGAGGGAGGGAGGGGGGGGAGUGGGGGGUAUUUUUGUUGAAAGCAAGGUAUAAAGAUAAAAUUAGACCGUUUAUGGAAAGACAGAUGGGGCAGACUGAGUCUGUUUUGAAAAAGGACAAUCACUGUCUGGGGGGGAAAAAAACAAGUGGAUUUUGAUUCAGAUAUAUUUGCUCCCUCUUGAGAUUAAAUUUUUUAUUUGCUUUUAUUUUAUGUUCCUUUUUUUCAGAUGUAGUCAUUUUUAGCUUUGACAAUCAUAGUUGGGUUGAUUUUCUUUAUUUUUAUUUUUUUCUAAAGGGGAGUAAAUUCUAAUUGUGUUUAGUUUUGUAAUUUUUUGGUGUGCUGUUGUUGACAUUUUUAAAUUGUGUGCAAACUGCAAUAAAUUAUAAGAAUCUUGAAAUUCAA